ACUCUUAACUAAACAUAAGGCUAAAAUUAUUAUUUACUCAAGCUUCUUCGUCUUCAACUUCUCCCGAUUGAUUCUAUUCCUUCCGGAUCUUACGCGACGGCUCAGUUCAGGCAAAAAUGGCUGUAUGUUGUAGAAGAAGGAAAUGAUAUCUGCAAUGACGUUUUAGUACCGUCACUUGUGUUUAGAAAGCCAGGAGAAGCUCUUUUCCUCUGUUAUCAUUCACAGGUCUGGAACCCCUUUUUUCGGAAAAGGGGACAUAUCUGGUGAGCCUGAGAAUUUUGGAAUUGGAUUCAGAUAAUGCCUUACUUUGCUCAGAGGCUUUACAACACUUGCAAGGCGUCAUUCUCUUCAGACGGGCCAAUAUCAGACGAGGCUCUGGAGAAAGUUCGCAGUGUGUUGGAGAAAAUCAAGCCAUCUGAUGUUGGAAUUGAGCAGGAAGCUCAAUUGGCACGGACCAGGUCUGGUCCUCUGAGUGAACGCAAUGGAAACCAUCAGUCACCCCCAGCAAUAAAGUAUCUUCAUUUGCAUGAGUGUGACAGUUUUUCGAUAGGAAUUUUCUGUAUGCCACCUUCCUCUGUGAUACCACUUCAUAAUCAUCCGGGCAUGACUGUGCUAAGCAAGCUCAUUUAUGGUUCCAUGCAUGUGAAGUCAUAUGAUUGGCUAGAUCUUGACCAGACCGAGCCAGAGCCAGAGGAUCCAUCACAAGCAGCAAGACCCGCUAAAGUGGUGAAGGAUACGGAGAUGACGGCUCCAAGCGCAGUAACCACGUUAUAUCCGAGAAGCGGUGGCAACAUUCAUUGUUUCAAAGCCAUAACCCAUUGUGCUAUUAUUGAUAUCUUAUCUCCACCUUACUCUUCAGAUCAUGAUCGGCAUUGCACUUACUUCCGGAAAUCCAGAAGAGAAGACUUACCUGGUGAAAUAGAAGUGGAUGGGGAAGUGGUGGACUCAGACGUGACUUGGCUUGAGGAAUUUCAACCGCCUGAUGACUUUGUGAUAAGGCGAGUUCCGUACAGAGGUCCUGUUAUUAGAACUUGAUCAUUUCAUGGUAUCUCAUAUUCUUAUCUCUUUUAUACUCACAUAAUAAUUUGGGUGGGGUUCGGAUUAUUAAUUAUGAUUUAUCAUCGUUAUCAUCGUUAUUAGAUAAUAGCGAACGGGAUUGUACAUACUGAUUGGUGAUAAGAAGGUGUCUCCGUUUCUCAUAAUAAA